UACAGAGGUGGAGGGACGAUGCCACCGUCUCGUAAUAACGGACAGUGCACGACCUGACCGCGUCAUCGAAAUUAAGAUUAUACACCGUUAUUACGACAUAUUGGGGCAGUAGAAGAAAGGGAAAGACAGUUUAUUCGUUUUAAAAAAUAUAUCUUAUUAGAAAGAAAGGAAAAUACUUGAAACUGGAUGAACUCCCUGCCUCACAUCCACAAAAGUGAUUCUGUCAUUAUGAAGAAGAGCAAUUUAGCCAAACGGGGUCCCCAAGAUGUCAACCAGCUGUCAUCGCAGCCAGACAAAGUCGGCUGGAUCCGCAAGUUCUGUGGUAAAGGGAUUUUUAGGGAAAUAUGGAAAAACCGUUUCGUGAUACUGAGAGGAGACCAUCUGUACAUCUCUGAGAAAGAGGUGAAGGAUGAGAGGAAAGUCCAGGAGUUGUUUGACCUGGCUGACUACGAACGCUCUGAGGAGCUGCGCAAGGCCAAGAGCCGCAGUAAGAAGAACCACAGCAGGUUCACCCUGCUCCGCUGCAAGCAGCCUGGGAAUAUAGUUCCCAAUCUUGUGUUUUUGGCCGUUAGCCCCGAGGAGAAGGAGUCCUGGGUCAAUGCCCUCAAUACAGCCAUCAUCAAAGCCAAGAACCGCAUUUUUGAUGAGGUUACAAUUGAAGAGGACAGUGUCCUGGUGCACCCUACACGGGAUCGUGCCAAGAUUCCCCAUGCACGGCGCUUGCCCACCCGAGGACAUCUCUUGGCUGUGGCAUCCACCUCAUCAGACGGAAUGUUGACCCUUGACCUUGUCCACGAGGAAGAUGACUCCACCCCAGAAGAUGAGGAAGAAGGCUUCUGGGAAAAUAACUUCAGGGUUGACCUAGACAAAUGGACCACAUGUCGUCAGCGUUCUGGCACAGACGUCUCCAAACUCUGUGUCACCACAAAGGACCUAAAGGUCCCCAAGACGGGCAGCCUGCCUUGCGGGAGCGAGCUCUCCUGGGACCGGGUGCACCAUCUUGAGGCUCAAUCCCCUUCCCCUCCACCAGGGAAGAGGUUCAGUGCCCAAGGUAGGAGCCGCUGCGCCUCCAUGGAUGAGGUCCUUUCCUUGCGGCCAGUCAGGGGUGUCCUUCACCCUCACCCCAUAGGUGAACCUGUCCAGCCUGUCGGACCACUGCAGAGUCUUAUUGCCCAGAAAAUGCAGAGGGCUCAGGAGCUGCUGGAAGAAAUGCGAUUGGAGGAACUGCAACGUGCAAAAGGCUUAGACUCGCCCUAUCUAAAGGGCAUUGACUCACCCCGUUUGUACCAUUUAAGAGGCUCUGAGUCUCCUCACUCCAGGGCCUCAGGUUCACCUCGCAGUAAGAGUAGUGACUCCCCUCGUUUGAGGGUGAAAGACUCGCCUCGUUUGAGGGGGAAAGACUCACCUCGUACGAAGGGCAAGAAGUCCCGCUCAAAAGGUACAGACUCACCCCAUUCAAAGAGGGCUGACUCUCCUAAUUUGAGGGGUAACAACUCUCCCCGUCUCAGGGUUACUGACUCGCCCUGUAUGAAGGGUUCGGAUUCUUCCAGUUUCAAGGAAACAGACUCGCCAAGUCUGAAGGGUUCUGACUCCCCACGUCUCAAGAACAUUGGUUCACCCUUCUCAAAAAGUUUUGACUCAUCAAGUCUGAAGGGUUCUGACUCGCCUCGCAUCAAGGAUACUAUUCUGAGGGGUAAGGACUCGCCAAAUAUAAUUAGUAAGAACUCCCCAAGUCUGAAGAGUAUCGGCUCACCUUCCCUGAAAGGUGCUGACUCGCCCCGUCUGAAAGGUAAUGAAUAUAUAUCACUCCAUAGUAAGAGUGCACACUCACUUCUCAGUGACUGUGAUUUGGAGAGUAGACGGGCGGAGGCGGAGCGACUUCUGCAGGAGGCCGUCUCCUCCUGGCGUCAGGCUAAGGAGGUGCUGGAUGAGGUGAAGGAGCUGCAGACGCAGUCACUAAACCGCCGCUCUGAAAAAAAGACAAUAGACAGUCCCCCAACACCGCCACCGGACUAUAGGCUGGAGGACGCAUGCCUCUGUCGCCAUCACAGCUGAAAAGCAUGCUGGGUUGUCUCCAAACAAAGAGAAAAUAAAAGAGCACUAGGGACAUGGAGUAAAUACAUUUUUGUCACAUUUUGUUGUCAUAACAUGCCAGUGUUGAAGUACAAAGCUUUUAGGCUGCAUUGCUCCCUUUGCACUUUCCUAUCUUGAUCCUUGCAUUCAGAAAGUAUUCAGACCCCUUCACUUUUUCCACAUUUUGUUACGUUACAGCCUUAUUCUAAAAUAAUGAGAAUUGUUCAAAUGUAUUAUAUACAUAAGUAUUUCGACCUUUUGCUAUGAGACUCGAAAUUGAGCUCAGGUGCAUCCUGUUUCUGUUGAUCAUCCUUGUUUCUACAACUUGACUGGUGUCCACCUGUGGUCAAUUCAAUUGAUUGGACAUGAUUUGGAAAGGCACACACCUGUCUAUAUGAGGUCCCACAGUUGACAGUGCAUGUCAGAGCAAAAACCAAGCCAUGCGGUCAAGGAGCAGGAUUGUGUCGAGGCACAGAUCUGGGGAAGGGUACCAAAAAAAUUCUGCAGCAUUGAAGGUCCCAAAGAACAGUGGCCUCCAUCAUUCUUAAAUAGAAGUUUGGAACCACCAAGACUCUUCCUAGAGCUGUCUGCCCGGCCAAACGGAGCAAUCGAAGGAGAAGGGCCUUGGUCAGGGAGGUGACCAAGAACCCACUGGUCACUUUGACAGAGCUCCAGUUCCUUGGUGGAGAUGGGAGAACCUUCCAGAAGAAUAACCAUCUCUGUAGCACUCCACCAAUCAGGCCUUAAUGGUAGUGUCCAGACGGAAGCCAUUCAUCAGUAAAAGGCACAUGACAGCACGCUUGGAGUUUGCCAACAGGCACCUAAAGGACUCUCAGACCGUGAGAAACAAGAUUCUCUGGUCUGAUGAAACCAAGAUUGAACACUUUGGCCCCAAUGCCAAGCGUCACAUCAGGCACUGCUCAUCACCUGGCCAACACCAUCCAUACUGUGAAGCAUGGUGGUGGCAGCAUCAUGCUGGGGGAUUUGUAGCGGCAGGGAUUGGGAGACUAGUCAGGAUCGAGGGAAAGAUGUAUGGAGCUAAGUACAGAGAGAUCCUUGAUGAAAACCUGCUCCAGAGUGCUCAGGAACUCAGACUGGGGCGAAGGUUCACCUUCCAACAGGACAAUGACCCUAAGCACACAGCCAAGACAAUGCAGGAGUGGCUUCAGGACAAGACUCUGAAUGUCCUUGAGUGGCCCGGCCAGAGCCCGGAAUUGAACCCGAUCUAACAAAUAUCUGGAGAGACCUGAAAAUAGCUGUACUGCAAUGCUCCAUAUCCAACCUGACAGAGCUUGAGAGGAUCUGCUGAGAAGAAUAGGAGAAACUCCCUAAAUACAGGUGUGCCAAGCUUGUCACGUCAUACCAAAGAUGACUCAAGGCUGUAAUCACUGCCGAAGGUGCUUCAACAAAGUACUGAAUCAAGGGUCUGGAUACUAAAUGGGAUAUUUUCAUUUUUUUUUAUUAUUUUUUUUUUCAAAUAAAAACCUGUUUUUGCUUUGUCAUUAUGGGGUAUUGUGUGUAGCUUGACGAGAAAAAAAUGUUAAUUAAUUUUAGAAUAAGGUUGUAAUGUAAUAAAUGUGGAAAAAGUGGAGGGGUCUGAAUAGUUUCUGAAUGCAGUGUAUUGUAUACUAGUCAAAUCAAGUUGAGCAAGUAGUGAAAUAAUAAUUUCAUUAUCACUGCCGUUUGCUUUCUGAUUUGAAUAGGUUGGAUGGACCUUAAACCCAUAAUAUAUUUUCUGUGCACUCAUUUUUGUUCCCUUUGUCAAUGGCUCUGUGGUCCACUGUGAAUGGAGGGAUGGGCUUCUGGGUUGUAGGAGCAGACCAUGGCUCAAUCCUGGUUCGUGGAUGAGUGGGUGACAGACUGAGAGGCAUUAACAGGGCUAAGAGCAGAGUUUCUGCUUGUGUAUUUACAUGUAUUAUCCGCCAGAGGUGGAUUAGUUUUCAUUGGAAAAUAAAUGCUUUGUACUGUAAACAUAAACAUUAAAUGCUUUUUUAUAAUGGACGAAUGGAAUGAGAAUGUGUUUGAGCGGAAACAGUGUCUAAGGAGCAUUAUUUCCUUGCGAAAUUCCUAUGUGGAGAAGCUGCCUGGGAAUGCUCUCUUUCGGUUAGCUUCAGUUGUUGACAACUUGCAGUCAAGUCCAAUGACCUUCAAACAUCAAGAAUUUCCCCAGUCUCUUGGUGUCAGAAACCUAGUACUGUAGUUGUUGGUCUUCUCAGAGACCAAAUACAAAGGCGAUCUUUCUCUUACUGUGAGCGUGUCAGAUAAUGAGCUGUUUCCUCAUCCCUUCUCUGUCCUAAACUGAGCAAUAAUAUUCCAGGGACAGACUCAAGAUGUCUAUUUACAUCACGCAAUCAAACUGAUUAAUGUCACCAAUUGGAUUCCCAACACUUAUAGCUGAAACUCACGGACCACAAGGCCACUUUGAUUGCAAGGAUAUUAGAGUAGCUAACUACUUCGCUCUAGUAAAUGUACUUUUAUUAUUCUGGUCAUGUAACAUGGUCUCCUGCUUGUACUCAGAAUGCCUCUAUUGUUUUGGUUAAUUGAAGUUCUAUGAUCUACAAAAGCCUGCAUGUGAAUGAGUCGGUGGCAGAGAGCAAGAGAAAGUGCUCAUUAACUCUGAUCAGCUUCUGAGGAGAAAUGCUAUUAUGGGAUUAUAAUUGCAGGCGUCAUGUUGAGUCUCUGUAGCGUUCGUUGCAAUUCGAAUUAAGUGGGCAGAUGAUUUCAACAGUUCUUCUGUCUCUUCCAAAAAGGUGCACAGGGUAAUCUCACAUUUCAGAGGCUUUCAUUAAUUAUUUCAUGAGGAUCAAUUAUUUUAUGAGAGAGGGGAUAAUGAAAGCUUCUGAAACAUUUUCAGGGCACAAAGAUGUUAAACUUGGAGAUAUGAAGAUGGGUUGGUCACACUGCACUAUUUCAUACCAAAAGGGUGGAAAUCAAUGUUCUCAGUAUCAUGUCCUUGUUAGGUCACAUGGUUAGCAUUUCCCGCCAUGUCAUUGGCUGACUGCCAAAACAUGAUUCAUAGGUCACCGAGUUGAAAUUCAAAUGCACAGUGCAUCUAGGACAGGACAAACAUCACUCCAUUACACCAGGCUCACCUUACAUACGGUUAAAAUCAGUCAUGUAUGAUUGCGGUUUAUUGGUUUAUUUGAUUAUGUGUAUGUAUGUGUCCCUUCAGCAGCAAUUAUAUGCCCUUGGUGCACAUGACAACAUGCAAUAUAGUCGGCCUAACGUUGAUAACGAGAGAGAUAUCCACCACUGCUUUGUAAUCUGAGCUAAGCCAUAGACCAGCGUAUAGCAACUCUGCCAGAAAGAAGUGAAAAGGCGUUAACAUGUCUCAAGCAAUCUGCAUACAUAGAUUGUAUUAACAGUAAUUGUGAAAUUACUAAUGUAUGUAUAAGUGAAAUAAAUUAUUUACACUGAA